AAUGAAGUAAAAUGCCUGAAAUUUUCUAAGGGCGAGCUCGAUCGAAAAGCUUUUGAGCUUUGGUUGCUAUAAAUUUCAGUGUGGGAGCUACAGGGAAGGGAGAAGGCAAAAAUGGGCUCAAAGUCUACAAACCCUCUUGAGUUAGGUCGAUCCUUACCCGUCCCCAAUGUGCAGGAACUCGCUCAAUCUGAUGAUCAGAUCCCCGAGCGAUAUUACAGGCCUGAAGCCGACGUUGAUCCGGUGGCCUCGAUCGAUGAGGAUGAGCUCCCGGUGAUCGAUCUAAUGAAGCUCCUCAAUCCGGAGCUCAUUGAUAAGGAUGAGCUUUUUAGGUUAGGAUCGGCAUGUAGGGAGUGGGGUUUCUUCCAGCUAAUAAAUCAUGGAAUUCCAGAAGAAGUGAUAGAGAAAACAAAGGAUGAUAUUAGCAAGUUCUUCAAGCUUCCACUCAAAGAAAAAGAAACGAUUAAACAAAUAUCUGGACAUAUUGAAGGUUAUGGUCAAAUCUUUGUGCACUCUGAAGAACAGAAGUUAGACUGGGCAGAUGUUCUAACUCUCAACAUCCAGCCUUCUCAGAAUAGAGACAUGAGAUUUUGGCCUACUAAUCCCACCACAUUCAGGGAUACACUAGACACAUACACAUUAAAGAUUGGAAAAGUUGUUGAUUGUCUUUAUGGAUUGAUGGCUGAGGAUUUGGGCGUUGAUCCUCAAGACAUGCUUAAUAUUUUUAGAGAUCAGCUGCAAUCUGUAAGAAUAAAUUACUAUCCACCAUGCAAGCAGGCUAAUAAGGUCCUGGGUCUCUCGCCACACAGUGAUGGAAGUGCAUUGACAGUGCUCCUACAAGCUAAUGAUGUCCAUGGUUUGCAGAUAAAGAAAAAUGACAAAUGGUUACUUGUAAAGCCAAAACCAAACGCAUUAAUAAUCAACAUUGGUGAUAUAAUGGAGAUAAUGACUAAUGGAAAGUAUAAAAGCAUAGAGCACAGAGCUAUUAUAAACAUGGAGGAGGAACGACUAUCAAUAGCGACAUUUCAUUUUCCAAGCAUUGAUGUUUUGUUGCGUCCUUUUCCCGAGCUUGUUAAUAGUGAUGGUAAGCUUUAUAAGACUAUAAGCGCCAAAGAAUAUGCAAUAGAAUAUUUUGCAGGAAAACUAAAUGGAAAGAAUGCCUUGGAGAGCAUGAAGCUAAGGAAAUGAUGGACCUUAUUUAAUAUAUACCUACUAUUAAUUUAUUAUAAGGAGAGCUUAUAUGUGAAAUAUGCAUAUUGAAGCUAAUAAUGUGUUGGAUCUCUUUCCACAUAAUGGUUGAAUUGCAU